AUGAAAGCGGUGGUGCUGACCUUGGCAGUGCUCUUCCUGACUGGGAGCCAGGCACGGCAUUUCUGGCAGCAAGAUGAACCCCAGACAUCUUGGAGUCGAGUGAAGGAUUUGGUUACUGUCUACUUGGAUGCACUCAAAGACAGCAGCAGGGACUAUGUGUCCCAGUUUGAAGCCUCCGCCUUGGGAAAACAGCUCAACCUGAAGAUCCUGGACAACUGGGACACCUUGAGUAGCACCUUCACCAAGCUGCAGGAGCAGAUGAGACCCAUAUUCCAGAAGUUAUGGGAGGACCUGGAUAAGGAGACUAGCCCCCUGAGGGAGGUGUUGAAUAAGGACCUAGAGGAGUUGAAGCAGAAGGUGCAGCCCUACCUGGACCAAUUCCAGAAGAAGUGGCAGGAGGAGGUGGAGCUCUUCCGCCAGAAGAUGGCGCCGCUGGGCACGGAGUUACGCGAAGGCUCGCGCCAGAAGUUGCAGGAGCUGCAAGAGAAGCUGGGCCCGCUGGGCGAGGAGCUGCGCGACAGCUUGCGCUCUCACGUGGAUGCGCUCCGCACGCAGCUGGCCCCUUACACCGAGGAGAUGCGCCAGCGGCUGGCCAGCCGGCUUGAGGCUCUCAAGGAGAGCAACCUCGCCGAGUACCACACCAAGGCCAGCGAACACCUGAGCGCGCUUAGAGAAAAUGCCAAGCCGGCGUUGGAGGACUUCCGCCAGGGACUCAUGCCAGUGUUGGAGGGCUUCCAGAAAAGCGUCCUGGCCGCCCUAGACGAGGCCACCAAGAAGCUGAACAGCCAGUGA